ACAAGAACGAUGGGAGUUUGAAAGAAAUGAUGCAGAAUAUGAGUAACAUGUUGCAGGCCAUAUACACUGAAGUGAAUGAACUGAAAAGUGAUGUGAAUGAACUGAAAAGUGAUGUGAAGAUAUUGAAAGCAACUUUGACUACAAAAGAAACAGACAAGAUCAUAGAAGAUCUAAUACCAAAUCCUAUUGCUGCAGAAGGUGAUCUUAAUAUUCUCAAUAGGAAGUUAGCGGAAUCGAGUUUCAGAACAAAAUUUGUGUUGCUUUUAACCAGUGUAUGUGGGUCUGAUUGUGCAACUACGGUUCGAAGAAUGAUGAAGAAGAUGGGAACAAACGGCCUUUGGUCAUUAUACAGCCUAAAAGGACAAAAGAAGAAAUUAGCAUUUCUUGAAAAACAAGAACUAUAUAAUCCUCAAUAA